AUGGCAGUCAAAUGGACUGGUGGACAUUCGUCCUCUAUAUUGUGCUUGAACGUGAACACGGAAGGGCUGGUGGCUUCAGGCGCGGAGAGAGGCGAGCUCACGCUCUGGGAUGGGGCAGGCGCUCCGGCAGGCCAGCUCCAGCUCCCAAAGUCAGACGACGUGACCUCCGUGGUGUUCUCUCCUCACUGUCCCACCAGGCUGUACACCUCCCACGGCGAAACGAUCAGUUUGCUGGAUGUCCGAGCCCUCAAGGAGCCUGUUGAACGCUUCCACGUGAACGAGGAGGAGAUCAACUGCCUCUCCGUGAACGAGACCGACAGUUUCUUGGCUGCGGCAGAUGACUCGGGGGCAAUAAAGGUUAUGGACUUGGAAAACAAGAAAGUCAGCCGGUCCUUGAGACACUCAAACAUCUGCUCCUCGGUUGUCUUUCGACCUCAGAGGCCUCAGAGCCUUGUUUCCUGUGGACUGGACAUGCAGGUUAUGCUGUGGAACCUGCAGAAAGCUCGCCCUCUGUGGACCACAAACCUGCAGGAGUGCGGGACGGAGGAAGACAGUCCGCAGUCAGCUGGGCAGUUCUUUAACCCGCCGCUCGCACAUUCCCUGUCCGUCGCAUCGUGCGGCAACAUCUUUAGCUGCGGAGCUCAAGACGGUAAAGUCAGAAUAUUCAGAGUCACCGGCGCCAAGUUUGAACGUGAGCUGGAGUUUCAAGGUCACAGCUUGGGGGUGUCACAGGUCCUCUUCAUGCCAGAAGCGUACUGGUUGUUGACUGGAGGGAAUGAUGGGAAAGUCUUGCUCUGGGAUGUCACCAGUGACGUUGGGAAGCAGCAGAAGAGUCCAGCAAAAUCUCUGCAGAGAAGGAAGGCCCAAGCACCUGCUUCCACCAGGAAAGAUGGGAAGCUCAACAAAGUGGCUUCGAAUGAACGUGCUAGAGUUUUACCAAAGCUAACCAUUGAGCAUGGAGAGAAGGUGAACUGGAUCUCGUGCGUGGAGAUCAAAGGCUCCAAGAAAGUGUUAGUUGCUGACCAGAGUAGUUCUGUGUCUGUGUAUCCAUUGCCAGAACCUUAG